CCUGCGGAAGAUGGAAGGCGCACGAACCGAAUGGUGUAGUUGCCUUUAACCGGCCUUAAUGUGAAGAUCGGAUCGCCGCCGAUCAGCGUACGCGUGCACAAGAAAGAGAGUUAGAGCCACCGGCUUAUCGUACGGAUCGCGCCGAGAAUGAAAUUCUCUCUUUGCCUGGUAGAAUAUAGCAGCAGAAGUAGUAGUAGCAGUAUCUCGUCGUACGACAGUCUCGACAAUAAAAGAAAACGGCUGGAACGUUUAUGGCCAAACGGCAGUAGUACCGGCGGCUGUUUCGCCUGAACGGAUUUACUCUUCGUGCACGCAUUUUCCACGCGUUUACCUGGACGGUGAAACGGAAAGAAGCUGCGCCGUUUUUCUUUAUUUUUUUUUCUUUCAUUUCGGUUUUUGCUCAGUGCCGCGUAACAUCUCGUCUUCGCGUGGCUUGUCCUCUUACUCGAGACCAGCCAAUCUCGGAAUCUAUAGACACGCCUUGCAGAAGAAAAAGAGGCGGGACGCGCCUUAAUUCGUUCUAUUGGUUUCGUUUCUAGCGCGAGAUUCGAACUCGCGCCAAAGUGUGUUCCACAGUGGAUACUAUCUCUCUUUUGGGUUACAACGCUAAGUGGCCGACAGGCGAAAUGCCGGUGCCAGUUUGGGAUUGCUCUGAUCUAGGCCUGUUGGACGAGUCUAGCCCUUUGGAUACCACGACAGUGGUAUCCGACGACAUAUGGAAGAAAUUCGAUUUUGACUUCUCGCUGGACCGAUUGGACGCCGUCCAUACGGACGUAUAUCACGAGCGCACAUUCGACGAUGGCGUUCUACCAGAUUUGCUCUACGACAAAAUGAGCUGCCUUGCGUCACGAAAGAUACGUCAUCAUGAUUGCAUGUGGGCUGGGCUGUGCAUCAGUAAAGAGCAUAACAGGACGUUGCCCGCGAAGAAAAACUCACAGAUGCAGAAAAAGGUGCCGGCCGGUCGUAGUGUAUUAAUAUCGCGGGCAGGCAUAACUCAUAUAGGAAAUUCUUUGGUCAAUCAGCAACAGUGCCGUACAAGAAAUUUGGAGAGUGACGGAGAUUCAACUAGACCGGAAACACCAAGCUCGAGCUCCGACACGGAGACAGAAGACGAAGGCCCGUUCUUCAGACACGAUCAGAUCAAUAUACACGAGAAAUUGUCCGAGUGCAUGUCAGACGCGGUUACCAAGGCUGUUCCAGUGAGCGAGGUCACUGGCCAGCUGGUCAGGUUCCAUGACAGGAGGAAAGAGGAGGAGGAAAAUCAGUGUCAAGUGCAUAGAGAGACCAAUAUCAGGAACACUCUAAGCGACCAUUGCUAUCAUCUGAAUCAGCCUAUCGGGAAGAACCUGGAACAUCUUGGUGUACAGACACCUUCUGAUUCCGAGGAGGAAGAGAUCGACGUGGUGACCUUCGAGAAACCGUGCAGACCGGCAGCAUUACCAACGUACCCGAGCCUGGCCGACCAACAGCACUUCCAAUUAACGGUGAACACAGCGUUCAAAGAGAAAGCUCCUGGAACCAGACCACGUGGUCGACCUCCCUCGAAUCCAGCUCGGAAAAGGACCGCUCAAUCGGAGCCGAAGCCGGCGAAACGGGCCCGCCACAGGACAUACCAGAGGAGAACCAAGGUAGGGCGAUGCAUAUCGUCACCCAAGAGCGUGUCGAGAAGUUCCUCUGACGACGAGCUGGACACCGAGAAGAGGAGUCUGCACAACAACAUGGAACGCCAGAGGCGGAUAGAGCUGCGAAACGCGUUCGAGGAUCUGCGUAUCCUCGUGCCAGCUGUCGAGAAGAAGGAGAAGGCGCCGAAAGUCGCGAUCUUGAGACAAGCGGCUGUGUACUGUGAUACGUUGAACGAGAUGAACCAGAUCUCGAUGGCCCAGGUGGCGGAUCUGAGGCGGCGACAAGAGAGGCUUCGAACGAGGCUCAGUGUUCUAAGGAGGAGUCUCGCCAUGACGCGCUGAGGGAGAGACUCGGGAGAAUCGUGUCAGAUUCAGCCCACGAACACGCGAAGAACACAAGCACUUGCUCGAAACGUACGAGUCGAAUUUGUUGUUACUCCCUCGGAGAGAAGAGAAGAGAUGAAUGGAUGGACGGACGAGCGACAAAUCUCUACUCGACGUUUCGAGACCAUAGAGACGAUUUUUUUCAAACACGCCUGCAUGCGAACGAAGAAGACUGCCUGACCUGUAUAAUUUGACUCUGACACUUAUAUCUGCCUUCGGUCGCACAGCAUGGGGGAAAGAAACGCUUCGAAUUAGCCAGAUGGCGCGCUCAACGGCGCCAGAUGGCGCCGUUGAGUAGAAGCGUCGGGCAUUUUGGUCCUGAUUAACGAGAAGAGAACGUGUUGCGAUUCUCUGUUCCUAAUCGAAGUUCUCGGAACUUGGUCUCGGAUAUGGGUAAACUUAUAUCCAUAUCCGUUUUAUCGUAUAAAAGAAACAAAUAUAUAUACAUAUAUAUAUAUGUAUAUAUAUUAUGUAUAUGCACACGUAAUGUCAAAACGAAGAGAGAGAGGCCCAAGUUUCGUUUGCUUCGAGUUAAGGGGAGAAUCUUGAAGGAUCGAUGAUAUUAAAUUCGUUCUGUCGAACGUGUACCAAGAACGAAGAGAGAAGAAAUGAAAUAUCGUUCGCACAUUGGAAGAGAUCGAAGAAAUCGCAAAAAAAAAAGAGCUUCGAACAGGAUAUUUAUAUACGUAUAUUUGUAGAAGAGAUUCUUCGAAUGACGAGCUACAAAAGUGAAGGGAGAGAAUUGAUAGAAGAUCGCUUUGGCCGGAGUUCACAGAAGAUCGAUUGAUGAUCGCUGUGCGAUCUUUACGUUCCCGACGUGUCACGCCUUCGAUAGAGAAGCCAUGGAUCCAAUAUUGAGCGUGUUGGCAAGAGAGUGGCUGUAUUCUGGGAAUUUUGCAAGUAGGUGAAAGAACGUAUGAGUCACAAAACGUGUGUAGGUAGGGUAACAGUUUUGCAUCUAGCACAACGGACACACAUGUUACGUGCAUACAAUAUGCUGAAUGCUAAAGAGAAAGUCAUAGGACCGUGAAAGAGUAAUAUAGAAAUUUAGUCCGGUACCUUAACAUAAUUCCUUACAUUCUUUUCUUAAACGUGUUACAUAAGGCAUACCAUGCAUCUCUUCCAUUUUUAGAUAUUUCGUUUCAUACGCUACGAAACGAAUAAUAUAUAUAUUACCUAGCAAAUUUUCGGGUUGCGAAAAAUAUAUUCGAACCCCUUUCGUCUGUCUUCUUCCUCGUUCUUCUGAUCCGGCGGUGCCACAAAAAAAGAAAAAGCAAUCGUGAUUGUGAAAUGUGUGAUAAAAUGUCGCGUGUAUAUUAUAUUAUAUUUCGCUCUUGCUUAUUAUCGCGAUUCCGUUUCCUUCCUUUCGCCGAUUUCUCGUGCUGAGUGAUAAUUCACGAGAGAUCGCCUUGGAUGUUUUUUUUUUUUUUUUUUUUUUUAUAUAUAUAUAUAAAACGGGUGCAAUAAGAGAAAGAGACUAUGCGAAGAAGAAUAUCGUUAGUUUCGUUGUUAAAUGAAUUGUCGAGGAUACGAUGAUAGCUUCGUGGGAAGGAAGGAGGCGGAUUGCUGAAUUUUUUCUUCUUGCUUUAUCAAUAUGUUUUUUUUUUUUUUUUUUUUCCCUCCCUUAAUCGAUUGUUCCCCGAUUUCUCGGCUCGUUACCCAAAGCUUUUUUUUUUUACGGCUGAGAAACGAAAAUCGAGUUAGAUGGAAAAGAGGCUUCCGGGAAUAGAAUUGUCUUCGAAUAGAAUCUUUCUUAUUUUUUUAUUUUUUGAUUCUCGAUCAUUAUACGCGGUACACGUUCGCGGAAAUGGGUGUGGAGGGGGAUAUAGUGGCAACACACGAUUUUAUAACAGAUGUGGAGAUCAACUUUUCUUUCUUUUUUUUAUUUUUUUUUAUUUGAUUCGAGGAUUAGUGGCCACGCUACGCUUUUAAACGCGUGUAAAUAAAUGUAUAUAUUUAUAUAGGAUGGUAUAUACACACGCAUACGUAACAUAAGCAGAUAUAUGCAUGUAUACUGCAAAUUUAUAUAGAACAGGAAUAUAUGCUAAGUGUAUAUGGUCAGAGAGAAAGGGAGGAGAGAGAAAGGAAAUGGGAAAGGGUGAAAAUUUGCGUGGA